CAUCCGGUUUAGUUCACUGCAGAAAGAGCUGGGACUAGCUCGAUUAGUUCAACACCCCGUUGUUGCUAAAAAGCAAAUACUUGUACUAUUUUCGGAAACAUGGCAGAGAGUGACUGGGAUACAGUGACUGUUCUGAGGAAGAAAGGGUCAGCUGCGCAGUCAAAGUCUAAACAGGCUAUAAUUUCUGCUCAGAGGAAGGGUGAGGAUGUCGAAACAUCUAAGAAAUGGGCUGCUGGGCAGAAUAAACAGCAUUUAAUAACAAAGAACACUGCAAAGCUGGACAGAGAGACAGAGGAGCUCAGCCACCAGAGAGUGCCUCUUGAAGUGGGUAAGGUUAUUCAGCAGGGCCGGCAAAAUAAGGGCCUCACCCAGAAAGAUCUGGCCACUAAAAUCAAUGAGAAGCCACAAAUCAUAGCCGAGUAUGAAUGUGGGAAGGCUAUCCCUAAUAAUCAAGUCAUGGGGAAGAUUGAACGAGCCAUUGGCCUUAAGUUGCGUGGAAAGGAUAUUGGCCAGCCUCUUGAUGCUGUUCCUAAGAAGAAAUGAAUAUAAAAUCCUCGAAAAAUCCACCAUCCAUCAAAACCUCCCAGUUCUUGUACUAAUAAUCUUUAAAGUCAUCUUUCAAUAACUGCUGCAUUACUUUUAUAUUUUUUCAGCUCAGUGGUGGAAUAGACAUCAUAUUGUCACUUACAAAAGAGGCUUAUUAUCUAACGUUUUAUGUCAGAUGAUGAAGACUUAUUAAUUGUUUUAGCUUCCUUGCUGCUUUGAAAUAAAGAUGUAUUUCUA